GUGUUCAAAUAUUAUUUUUUUAAAUUUAUCUUUUUCAUACAUAUACAUUUUAGACUAAUUAUAUUUUCAUUCUUUAUGUUGAACCUAUCUGGCAGGCUGAUGCGUAAUAACUGUAUUAUCUGUCUAAUUUGAAAAUUGUCUUUUUAUAGGCUGUUUUUAGACACUCACUAUUAUGUUGCGUUCAUAUGAACGGAUUUAAUUUGGUUUUCGAUUAUUUUAAGUUAUAGGUAAUUUACACUGGUUUCAUUCAGUUCUGAAAGUUAUAAUUUGAUAACAAUAUUUAAGCAUUGGAGCGAAUUUUUAAAGAUUUUUGUAAAAAUAUACCUUAAUAGCGUGUAUUUAUACAGGUUAAUCGCAUAUCGUGUUUCGUAUGAAGAUGUCUUUCGCAAACCUGGACCCCGGCCCAGGUGUGGCAGCGCUGCAGGCAUGGGGUGGACAGGCAGCAGCGUACGGGGCGUCAAACCAAACUGUUGUCGAUAAAGUACCCCCUGAUAUGUUACACAUGGUGGACCCACAUUGGUAUCAAUUUCCGCCUAUGAAUCCACUGUGGCACGGACUAUUGGGUUUCACUAUCGGCGUACUUGGCUUCAUAUCUAUCACUGGCAACGGAAUGGUCAUAUACAUAUUUUCUUCUACUAAGAGUCUUAAGACACCCUCAAAUUUGUUAGUUGUGAACUUGGCAUUCUCGGAUUUCUUAAUGAUGUGCGCAAUGUCCCCGGCAAUGGUUGUGAAUUGUUACCACGAAACUUGGGUAUUUGGCGCAUUCGCGUGUGAACUGUACGGAUGUGCUGGCUCGCUAUUCGGAUGCGCGUCCAUAUGGACAAUGACAAUGAUCGCCUUUGACCGGUACAAUGUAAUCGUAAAGGGUAUCGCCGCCAAACCCAUGACGAACAAUGGCGCCCUGCUUCGUAUCCUCGGUAUUUGGGCAUUUGCUCUUGCUUGGACUCUAGCGCCGUUCUUCGGUUGGAACAGGUAUGUACCAGAAGGGAAUAUGACUGCUUGCGGAACAGACUACUUGUCCAAGGAGUGGCUCAGCCGCAGCUACAUCUUGAUCUACUCCGUGUUCGUGUACUUCAUGCCACUUUUGCUCAUCAUCUACUCUUACUUUUUUAUUGUUCAGGCUGUGGCAGCUCACGAAAAAGCCAUGCGAGAACAGGCCAAGAAAAUGAACGUUGCUUCUCUUCGAUCUUCAGAAGCGGCUAACACAAGCGCUGAAUGCAAAUUGGCUAAAGUAGCGUUGAUGACUAUUUCGCUGUGGUUUAUGGCGUGGACUCCUUACUUGGUGAUUAACUAUACUGGUGUAUUUGAAAGUGCACCCAUAAGUCCUUUGGCUACAAUCUGGGGCUCACUCUUUGCUAAAGCUAACGCCGUAUAUAACCCAAUUGUAUAUGGUAUCAGUCAUCCCAAAUACCGUGCUGCGCUCUACCAGAAGUUCCCGUCACUGUCAUGCGAGGCAUCCCCUGAUGACAGCGGCUCAGUCGCAUCUGCAACCACUGCAGUCUCCGAAGAAAAGCCCACAGCGUGAAUAUUCCAAACGA